AUGGUGGACGAGCUGGUGCUGCUUCUGCACGCACUGCUGGUGCGGCACCGGACCCUGAGCAUCGAGAACAGCCAGCUGAUGGAGCAGCUGCGGCUGCUGGUGUGCGAGAGAGCCAGCCUGCUGCGCCAGGUACGUCCGCCCAGCUGCCCAGUGCCCUUCCCGGAGACGUUUAGCGGCGAGAGCGCCCGGCUCCCCGAGUUUAUCGUGCAGACGACGUCCUACAUGCUCGUCAACGAGAACCGAUUCUGCAACGACGCCAUGAAGGUGGCCUUCUUAAUCAGCCUUCUCACCGGGGAAGCAGAAGAGUGGAUUGUCCCCUACAUCGAAAUGGAUAGCCCUAUCCUAGGGGAUUACCGGGCCUUCCUCGAUGAAAUGAAGCAGUGUUUCGGCUGGGACGAC